AUGUUACAAAACGAGAAUUACGCUAUAUUGAUUUUCCCUUUACUUUUUCGAUACCAUAAUAAUUUCACAAAACAACGGGACGUGUCAGGCCGGUCGUGCAGCAAAUUCGAUAACGAGAGUGUCCGAGACCGGUGGCAGGCCUCAUUCCAUGUUCAGAUUACUGCCGCUAUUAGAGGAUUUCUCUUGAAUUUAAUUGGUAAGUACCAAACAAAUGGAAGUGACAGACAAGAAAGGACCGGCAGGAUAGCGAGAAGAAUAGCAGUCGUGGUUACCCCCUCCCGCCAUUGGAGACAAGCCAGCCGCCAGCACCAGAAACCUGUCUAUGACUGCCUUGUAAUAAAGUUCUAUCCGUUGUGGUUGGAGGACUACUCCCUUCACUGUGCCUGUCCAUCUUGGCUCGAAGUCUUGAGGGUCUCGGAUUUCUCCCGUUGUUCGUUUGACUGUUCUUGCGCGAAUCUGCAUCCGUACAUCGGCGCGCGAAAUUGA